AUCUCCAGGUUUGUACUUCUAAAAGUUCAACAUGCUGUACUAAAAAGAUGGAAGAAAGAUAUCAGACUGCAGCAAAGCAAGAUAUACAGCAAGUGCUUCAAACAUCUGGUGCUACAUUAAAAUUUUUAGUAUCUCAUAAUGUAGUUGCUUUUCAAGACAACUUGCCUCCCGAGCUGGAAGAUGGAGCCAGGGAUCAGUAUAGUCCCCCUGCAAUCCAGGAGGAAGCAGUUAGAGACCUGUUCAGGCACUUGGAUUCCCACAAGUCUAUGGAACGUUAUGGGAUCCAUCCUAGGGUGAACAAGGUAUGUGGUCCUCCUGUAAGAAAGCCUAUGCCAUCUCCGGGUUGUUCCUUGGACCAGAACAAAGGCAGUCAAGAGUUGAAGAUGUUGUCAAGACACAAUGAAGAAACCCUUGCCAACAGAAGAAAAGAAUUUAUCAGCCACCUCCAACUGUAUAGGUAUAGGGUCUUGUAUGGUGGCCUGGCUGAUCAGCUCUGUAGCAGUGAGUUGGCAGCUGCUGAUGGACUCCCAUGCUGGAACAAAGAAGAUAUUGUGAGAAGCUAUACUCAUUGUGUGGUUGGAAUUGGAAUCAAAGCUCAGUCUGCAAAUCCAGAAGUAAAAGCGAAGGGAACGGAUCCUGUAAUAAGUCAAGUUACUGACAAGCUGAAACAUGUUAUUCAGGUAAUAAAGGGAAAGGGGUUUCCAUAAAUGAAUAAGUGGGAACUAAGACAGACUGGGGGAGGGGGUGGAAUUGAAGAUGUGAUAGAUGGAGAGCAAGAUGACAUCACUGAAUGCUCGUCACCAAGGGAGGAGAUUCGCCACGUCCUAAAAAUAACUCAAACAGGGAUGCCAGACAAGACAAACCUCAGUGAUGUAAAGCAAAUCCAUUGAACCGAUGAUGGCAGCACUUUAGACACAACUGGAGCAGGACAUGCAGCAGCAAUGACUGAUUAUGUGACACACAUGCUGGUUAGUUUGGGUUUGUAA